AGCUGUUUUCGCUUCCUUCUUUCAACUUUGGUAAAUCGUUUCAACUUGGAUUCACAUUGUGUAUGCCCGAGUUGAAGAAAGAAGACUCUUCCAAAGACGAGAAAGAUCUAGACAUGAACUGCCCGCCACUUCACAGGCCCAAUGGAGCUGAUUUGAAUCAGUAUUCAAAAAGUCUUAUGGAACAGUUACAGGCACAAUUGUUUGCAAAUCCAGCGUUACAGUUCCCAUCAUUUCCACCAGCUUUUUCUAUUGCGGCGCUGACUAAUAAUCAGCAUGAGCUGAAAGAAGACGAUGGAAAGAAAACGCCCACUGGAGAUAAUAUUUUAGAAGCUGCCUCAGUACUUGACAAUAGAGAAAACGGAUCCCCUUCAGAUGGCACAAACAGUCCGGAUGAUAAUGGAAAGAGGAAACAAAGAAGAUACCGUACAACAUUCAGUGCAUUUCAGUUGGACGAGCUUGAGAAGGUGUUUGCCAGGACUCACUAUCCAGAUGUGUUCACUCGGGAAGAAUUGGCAACACGAGUCCAGCUCACAGAGGCCCGAGUUCAAGUUUGGUUUCAAAACAGACGAGCCAAGUAUCGCAAACAAGAACGCAGCAGUACUCAUCACCCUUAUCAAGCUCCAAUGAGUAUUCCAAAUUCAAAUGGAGAUAAUCCGUACCAGAUGAUGCUCAGCCAAGAAGCUAUUUUUGCAGCUAUCAAUCAGCAAGCCGCGGCUCAUCUUUUAAAUGAACAAGUACGGAUUGCAACAUCUGAUCGUCGGUCUCAGUCCCCGUCUGUACCAGUGACCACAUCUUCUCCAAUCUUGCCAACUUCUGUGACACCUACGUUCCAAAACGCAGAUGCAUUAAAUAUGUUGUUCGGUGGAAUUACUCCUGUUACGCAGCAGUUGCUUUAUGUUCAACAAUUCAGCAGAGCUAUGGAUGCUUUCCGCACUCAGCUUCUGGGAUCAGUCCCAGCAGGAGCUACGGCUGAAGUCACCGAUGUUGUAGCAUUAAAAACUGAAGACUCGAAAUCGAAUAGUAGAGCGGGAAGCUCAUCACCCACUCCAACUGAAAGUUCCGGAGCUGCUGCAACAUCCACGAGUCCUACGAAUUUUGCUGACAUGAAUAGUCUGAUAUCCGAUGUGAAGCCAAAAGAAGAAAGUUCAUGAGUAAACACAAUUAAAAAAAUUUCACUACAAAAAUUAGAAAUUCUCCUCUUUAUUUGCAUUUAAUAGAUUGCCUGGUCCAAAAAGUUAUUCAACAAAAUUUGCAAUACACCUAACGUUUCAUAUGUGUGAUUCCCGUCCUAUAUAUUUUGAAUAUUCAAGAUUUUGAAAUGUUUUCCAAGUUUCCUUUCACAGUCCAAACACCCAUAUUCUCCUGACCGCCAAUGUUCUCGAUUACCUCGAAAUGUAGGCAUUAAAAUGGUUUUCGGCUUUACUAUACUCCAGCUUUUAUUAGUUUGUGUCGUUGUUAUACCGAAGUUAGCCGGUGAGCUCUUCGCCUUAUUCAAAUCCUCAACCUCCCCUUUUCAAUGACAAUUAGAAUUCCUUGACUCAAAUUGAAAUCGGAUCUCCAUUUUCUCCACUCAUCGUGACGUUUUGUUUUAAACUUACCUUUGUAUUUUGUUUUCAACAUUUCCUAAUAAUCCUUUGUCAAAUCUAUGUAGUUUGGGAAGCACUGUUCAUAGAUUAUUUAAUCAACGCUCGUGUUAUACACUGAACAACAACCUCUUUUUUCUAAACUCGCCUCUUUAAUUGUUAACUGAAUCCAAAACACCAAAGGCCUCCCCUCUCCAAAAUCUGUACUUUUGAUUUGCAUAUAAUAUAUAUAUAUAUUCACUGCACUUUUUCUUUCAAGAUUUUUAUUGGAUUUUAAUAAAUUUAGUAAAAUAA